AUGCUGCGGCGGGGGCUGGCGUUGCUGAUCGGCGUCGAGAGCGACAUCUUCAUCUCGGUGGUGAGGGACAAGAGGUACCUGGAGCACCGCCUCGCCCUCCUCGGCAAGGAGGACCCCACGCUGAAGCCGCGGCCGCUCUCGCCGGAGGAGGUCCAGCGCUUCACCGCCUCGGUGGGCAGCGCGGAGUCGCUCUUCAACAAGGCGUCCGGCGCAACGCCGUCCAACGUCGUCGACGAGGCCACCGGCGCGCCCGUUGGCAGCACGCAGCUCAACCCGACGCGCUACGGCGACUGGGAGAGCAACGGCCGGUGCCACGACUUCUGA